ACUGGCUGUUAGUUGUAAUCAAGGCAGCAGCUCUCUCUCUCUGAUUGGUCAGCAGCCCUUCGGUAAACCAACGUUUCCUGGUUAUUUGCAAAUGGAGAAAUUAACUUGUUUUUAAACCUGUGCUACGGUGGGAAACUCUGGCUUCAUUUGACUGGGGAUCAAAAUGUUACCCAGAAGCGGCUGUUGCCUGAUUCUGGUCGUCGUGUCGUGUCUUUUUGUAACUGCCUAUUGCAAGUUUCCUACUCUAGACCACAUCAAACCGAAAGCUAGUGACAAGGCACAGGGGAGAGCAGUGGUCGAGCUACUGAAACGCCUGCUCGGGAACAGAUCUACGGAGUUCAUAGUGUCAGUCAACAGGAGCAUUUCCAACGACAGCCUGGAUGUGUGUGAGCUCAGAUCCACUAAAAACAACAAGAUAGUCGCUACAGGCAGCACCGGAGUGGCCGUGGCUUCUGGCAUUUACAACUAUUUAAAAUAUUUCUGCAACUGCCAUGUUUCCUGGUCUGGUGACCAGCUGACUCUGCCCCGUCCUCUGCCAAAGCUCACCGGCGUCCUGCGCAUCAACACCCAGCAUAGAUUCCGGUAUUACCAGAACGUCUGCACUUUUAGCUAUUCCUCUGUGUGGUGGGACUGGCCAAGAUGGGAGAGAGAGAUCGACUGGAUGGCACUCAAUGGAAUCAAUCUGCCACUGGCUUUUACUGGCCAAGAAGCCCUGUGGCAAGAGGUUUACCGAGCUCUUGGGUUAAACCAGUCUGAGAUUGAAGAGUUCUUCUCUGGCCCGGCGUUUCUUGCCUGGAACCGUAUGGGAAACAUGUUCAAGUUUGGUGGGCCUCUGCCACUGUCCUGGCAUGUGAACCAGCUCUACCUCCAAUUUAAAAUCUUAGCGCGAAUGAGAUCCUUUGGCAUGAUUCCUGUGCUGCCAGCCUUCUCUGGAAGCAUUCCCAAGGGAAUCCUCAGGUUGUAUCCAGAAGCCAAUGUAACCCGACUGGGGCCUUGGGCUCAUUUCAACUGCAGCUUCUCAUGCUCGUAUAUCUUAGACCCUCGGGACUCACUUUUCCUCCAGAUCGGUUCCCUCUAUCUGUCCCAGGUGGUGAAGCAGUUUGGUACAGAUCACAUCUACAACACUGACACCUUCAAUGAGAUGACUCCACCUUCCUCUGACACCACCUACCUGUCAGCAGUCAGUCGUUCUGUCUUUGCCUCAAUGACCGCAGUCGAUCCUCAGGCAAUUUGGCUGAUGCAAGGCUGGCUGUUCUUCAGUGAUGCAGCGUUUUGGAAGCCAGCCCAGAUUCAGGCCCUACUACACGGAGUACCCCUCGGAAGAAUGAUCGUACUGGACCUGUUUGCAGAGACCGAGCCCAUUUUCUCCUACACUGAAUCUUUCUAUGGACAGCCCUUCAUCUGGUGCAUGCUGCAAAACUUUGGGGGCAACAGUGGAUUCUUUGGCACCGUUGACAUCAUCAAUUCAGGGCCCUUCAAAGCCUUACAAUUCCCAAACUCCACCCUGGUGGGCAUAGGCAUGGCACCUGAGGGCAUUGAGCAGAAUCCUGUGAUGUACGAGUUGAUGAGCGAGUUGGCUUGGCGCAAGGAGCCAGUCAGCUUAUCCAAGUGGGUGUCGCUGUAUGCAGUACGCCGCUACGGUAGCACACAAGAGAACCUGGCUGCUGCAUGGAGGCUCUUGAUCGCCAGUGUCUACAACUGCACAGUGCCACAUUACCGAAACCACAACCAUAGCCCACUGGUGCGCCGGCCUUCUUUUCACAUGAAUUCUGGCCUUUGGUAUGCCCCAGCUGACUUGUACAAAGCCUGGAAACUGAUUAUUGAGGCAGCUCCAUCUCUCAUGUCCAAGGAGACCUUCCGAUACGAUCUUGUGGAUGUGACUCGGCAGGUCCUACAAGUCCUGACAACAUCCUUUUACCAGGAUAUUACAGAUGCCUUCCAGAACCAAAAGCUACCAGAGCUGCUGACUGCAGGUGGGGUGCUGGUUUAUGACCUCUUGCCUGAGCUCAAUCGUUUGCUGAGUAGUGACCACAACUUUCUGUUAGGAUCAUGGCUGGAGCGGGCCCGAGCCUUAGCCCUAGAUGAGAAGGAGGCACAGCUCUAUGACAUGAAUGCCAGAAACCAGCUCACUCUAUGGGGUCCCAGUGGUGAGAUCCUGGACUACGCCAACAAGGAGUGGGGAGGCCUCAUGGAGGACUACUAUGCCCAGCGAUGGAGCUUGUUUGUUCACACCCUGGUAGAGUGUCUGGACAGUGGACGACCAUUUAAGCAGGAUGCCUUCAACCAGGCAGUUUUCCAGGUAGAAAGGGGAUUCAUUUACAAUGGCCGAAGGUACCCAAACAAGCCUCAGGGAGACACAUACGAGAUCGCCCGCAGGAUUUUCCUCAAGUACUACCCACAGGCCUUGAAGAGACUAUAGUGAGCAGAGACUACAUUUUGGAAAAACUUGUCUCAAGUUGCAGCAAGAAGAAUGUCUUUCUCCACCUCCAGUUUUCUAUGGCUAUCCCAAAACAUUCUGAUGUAGAAAAUCUAACAGCCUGAAUUUACAGGAACAAUCUGUUCUACUACAUGUGCAAAAACAUAUAGUAAAAUCAGUAAUGGGUAGUUGUGCAUGUUGUAGGGGGAAUAAAAGAAUUUUCACUUUACAUUAACACUGAUGAAAUAUCCAACCAUGCCUUUAUAAAAGAGGAGAAGGAAAUUAGAAAAAGACAUUGUAAUGAAUUACAGACGACUGUGUGAAGGUGUUGAUUUGGUGUGGAAUUUCAUGUGUACAUCCCUAGGUGAUGUUUUUGAUUCAACUGAUCUUAAAGAAAUAGUUCAACAUUUUUGGAAAUACGCAUAUUCACUUUCCCAGAGUAAGAUGAGAAAAUUGAUAGGAGUCUCGUGUUAAGUAUGGAACUGGAAUCAGGACGUGGUUAGCCUAGCUUAGCAUAAAGACUGGAAGCAGGGGGAAACAGCUAACCUGGCUCUGUCCAAAGUAAAAACAAGACUAAAGCUGUGUUAUUUACGCAUUGUAUAUUGUUUAUUUAACCUGUGUACCAACAAAAAUGUAAAAAUUACAAUUUGUGGUUUUAGGAAAACUUAGGUGCUGGAACUAUUUCUUGACGAACAACAUUUUGUCCAUCUGCCCAUGAUGUACAGACACGAUGGUACCAUACAUGGCAACCUCACUGUGACUUCAAGAAUCUGCUCACAGUCACUGUGCUUGGCUGUUCACAAAAAAUAGUUCCAGCAUUAAACUCCCCCUAAAACCACAAAUUCUCAUUUUAAAAUUUCAGUUAUGUACAGGUUAAACAAAUGAGAUACAGCUUGUUAAUUAGUGCGCUUUAGAGGUGUUUGUAGGUGAGGACUGUGUGCUUCAUAAACAUUGCACUAAGAAACAUUAGAACACGUAGGCUAGUAGCAUAGUUACCAAACAAUUGGAUGUCUUUCUUUUUUGCGUAACAAUUUUCUACUUAAUUUACAAUUUCAUGCUCAUAUCGUUAGUGAGAUUGGACACAAUAAGUUUCUGUGAAGGUUUUAUGAACAGAGGCCACCAUUGGCUCAUGGUGCACCUUAGCAGAUAACUUUGUCUUGUCGUCCCUAGCUGGUUUUUCUUUAAAAAAAUAUAUUUUUAUAUGAAAAUUCAUGGAUGUUCAACUGAGACAUUUCACAUUUACAUCAAUCACUUGAAAAAACUGUCUAUUUUUAUUUGGUUUUGUUUUGGUUUACUGAAGUGUAGAUGAGAUUUUUCUUUUUGAUAAAUGUAGUUUUAGUUAAGGAUUAUCCCAGCAUGCCUUGGGUGAGAGGCAGGGUCCACCUGAACAGGUCACCAGUUUGUGCACACACACAGAGAGAGCGUUCAAACUCCACGCAUAGAGGCUUCCAGCUGUUGAUUCUAACCCAUGAGAUGUCUUUAUAUGAGGUGUAAACCAGGACUUCCCAUAGGUUUUUAUCAGGACCAAUACCAGCUCCUUUUACUGGUCAAACCCUCAAUUACCAAUAAGUUUCUUAUGGAAAAUUGUUAAUGUUUGUAAUCAAUAACACUAAUCCAUAAAAAUGAAUGCAGCAUUGGGCAAUAUUAUGAUAUACAGUGGUGGAAGAAGUACUCAGAUCAUUUACUUAUGUAAAAGUAGCAAUGCCACACUACUCUAAUACAAGUAAGAGUCCUGCAUUUAAAGUAAUACUUUUGUAAAAGUACAGAAAUAUUAUUAGCAAAAUGUACUUAAAGUAUCAAAAGUAAAAGUACUCGAAAAAUGGCCCUAUGUCACUGAUAAUGAAUUAUUUUUUAUAUUAUCAUAUUGUUAAUAUUGAUGCAUUAAUGUGCAAGUAGCAUUUUACUGUUGUAGCUGCUCGUGGUGGAGAUAGUUUUAAUUACUUACAGUUAGAUAGUUUUGUCCAGUGGUUCCCAAAACGGGGUCUGGCCCCUCCAAAGGAGUUACAAGAUAAAUCUGAGGGAUCGUGAGAUGAUUUAAUGGGAGAGGAAAGAAGGAAAAAUAAUUCAUCUACACAAAUCUGUUUAAAUUUUUCAGACUCUCUCUAAUCUUUGCUGUUUUUGUAAAGUAUUGGAUACAUUUUCCUCUUUGGGCCUUUAACAGUUAUUGAAAUGAAACCAUGUGAGAAGUUUCGAGGAAAAAUGUCUCUUUGAUGGAACUGCUGACAACUCAGACAUCUGAAACAUGACAAGGAGACACAACUACACUGAUUUUGUUAGGGGGUCACAAGGCAAAAAUGUUGAGAACCACAAGGUUAAUCUUUUAGCAGGUGUUGUAUUUUCUAAGUGUAUCAUAUGAUUUUUAUUCAAGAAAGUAACCAGUAAGCAGUAACAGGUGUCAGAUAAAUGUACUGGAGUUAAAAAUACAAUAUUUCAAUUAUAAAGCAGCGAAAAACAUGGACCUCAAAAUUGUACUUGAGUGAAUGCACUUCACUUCCACCACUGAUUACAUACAUUGUCAGAUGAUAUAAACCGUCAGAGAUUUUGCCAUACACUGUGGUAGCUCUAGAUUGAAUGGCUUUAUUAGACUGUUGUGUGUUGCAAAUCAAUUGACAAGACUGUUCAAUAAUAGGUUUUUAUGUGAUUUUUGCAUCAAUGUGAUGAUGUACUUGUCAGGUAUUUAAUUUGCUGGAUUAGCCAAAAAGAGAGUCUUGUGGUUAAUUUAUCCAUAAACAUGCUUCUCAAUUGAUUUUUUUUUUCAGAAAAUAUAUCACAAUAUUUGAUGAUAUAAAAUAACAUUAUAUACAUUAAUAAAGGAUUUUAUCAAUAUCAA